AAAAGUGACAAACAAAAAUAUGUGCAAAAAAUAAAAAUAAAAAAUCAAUGAUUGUUGAUGUGCGCAAUAUGCAGCCACAGAGCUAAAAGACCUUGAGACACGAGUGUACACAGUGCUAGUGCUGCUGUCUGCUAGAUUUUCCAGCGUCUAUUUACAUUGCUACCCCACCUGGAGCAGACAGCACAGCCGUUGCGCCGCCGCCUAAAUGAUUAGUACGAGCAGCAUGAGGUCACAGGAGUCGCAGGGUCAACAGGCAGCCGGGCUGUCCCGACCCAAAAACAAUGCGUCCAGCAGUCAACUGACCCCGGAGGAGAACGAUGCAGUGUUCAGGCUGUUGGGUAGAAAGUGUCAGACUUUGAACACUGCCGUUGUGCAGAUCUACAAGACGGAAGGCAAUGCUCACUCGCACUGGAAGAAAAAGCAUACGGGCGUCGUUUGCUUCGUCAAGGAUAGCGCCAUACGCUCCUAUUUCUUGCGCGCCUACUGCCUGAUCAAAAAUGAACUGAUUUGGGAGCAUGAGAUAUACGAUGGCAUGCAGGUUGUUAAAUCGCGUCCGUUUCUUCUCACCUUUGAGGGCAGCGAUGGCAAUGUGGGCCUAAAUUUUAUCUCGGAGGAUGAGUGCGAUUCGUUCUUUCGUACCAUAGACACCACGAUUGAGACGCGGAAUCGGAAACGUUUGGAGAAGCGGAAUAGGCAAAAGCCACAGCAGGCGCCACAUGCACCAAUGCCACCUGUCAACCGAGAGCCAGCGCGUCCGCCUUCUAUGCAGAGUAGAAAUACGAUGCAGUCGACGACGACGACGACGUCGACAGUGGACAGCGGGGCCGUGCAGCUGCGCAACAAUAAGAUCAGCUCGGUGACACUGACCCCGGCGCCGGCACCAGCGCAGGCGCCAACGAAAAACUUCUUGUCAAGCAACUUUGGACUGAGCGGGUCAGCGGGCAAGGAUAAGAAACGCCGAGUGACCAAAGCGGAUAUUAGUCAGCCGACGAACUUUGUGCACAUCAGCCACGUCGGUUGGGAUGCGAACAAGGGCUUCGAUCUGACAGGCAAUGAAAGCGACGAGAUGUUGGUUAAGUUCUUUGCCAAGGCGGGCGUCUCCGAGUCCGAACUAAACGAUCGAGACACGCGUGCAUUCAUCUACGACUUUAUUCAGAGCAAUAACGUGCUGGCCUCGGUCAAACAGGAGGAGACUGAAUCGCCUACGGAACCAACGCCCACGGAACCGCCACCGGUGCCCAGUCGUCAUCAUCCACAUCAUUCACAAAAUGGGAACCAAAGAUCAGCGCCGCCGCCACCACCGGCGCGACAGCCGCCACCGCCGUUACCAACGACGGCACCGGGCGCUGCACGUGCUCCGCCGCCACCCAGCAGACCGCCACCCAUUACAACGGCUCCACCGCCGCCACCACCAGCAAUGGUCUGCCCACCCGCAGCAGCACCGCCACCACCACCACCAGCACCUCCUGCGGCUGCGCCGCCGCCGCCUCCGCCACCACCACCCAUGGCUCCACCGGAAAUGCCAAUCAUUGCGUCUACGCAGACAUCGGCACAGGCCGGCAAAGUGGCGCCACCCGCGCCUGAACCAGACACGCGCAGUGCGCUUAUGGAUGCCAUACGCAAGGGCACAGCGCUUAAGACAGUGAAGCCGGCCGCACCGAGCGCCAACACUAGCGAUCCACGCAACGAUCUAUUGGGUCAAAUACGUGAGGGUUACACCUUGAAGCCGGUGACUGAACGUAAGAUAGCAGAACAACGGAUUAGUGAUGGCAGCGCUGGUGGCACCGAUGCCCUGGCCGAUGCCUUGCGUCGUGCACUUGCGGCACGUGGCACCGUCAUGCAUUCAGACGAUGAGGAGGAUAAUACCUCCUCAGAUAACGAUUGGUCCGACUAGAUUGACAACAACGUGGCCAUAAGGAACGGUUGAUGGCAAACAAUUUAUUCCAAAUAUAAGCAAUAAUUUAAUUUGUGAUUUGGCAUUUUGAUUUAUCGCCAGAUAAAUCGCUGUAAAUACUGUUUAGUGAAUUUUUCAUACCUCCUUAAUUUAAUUUUUUUUUAAAACUGUAAAACAACAAAAAAACGCAAAUUUAUUAACACAAGUUUUAAACGAAGAGAGAAAAAAUACGAAAAUAAUGAUGAUUGCA